AGAUUUUAAAUGGCAUUACCAAACACAACAGCAAAAGCCGCGUUGGCGAUAGAAGAUAUGUUCCUCCUACUGGAUAAUAGUACCUUGAAUGCAACGAUGGUGCGAAAUUCAACAAUGGUCACAAUGGCCCAGUACCCUAGUGGCUAUACGUUGCCACAAAUAGUCAUCGCUUCUAUUAUAGUUACGAUAUUGAUGAUAGUUGUGGUUGUUGGGAACAUGCUCGUGAUAAUAGCAAUAACAACAGAAAAAGCGUUGAAGAAUAUUCAGAACUGGUUCAUCGCUUCGUUGGCGGUGGCCGAUUUCUUCCUUGGGCUAGUGAUAAUGCCUUUUUCUCUUGCCAAUGAGCUCAUGGGCUACUGGAUAUUCGGACUUUGGUGGUAA